AUGCUACCAGAGCGAGAAGAAAAAAAUCAAGCAAGAAUCGGGGCCCGCCGGGUGGAGACCGAACCCCUGCGCGUCGUCGCAAUCAACGACGUCUACGAGCUUCACGCGCUGCCUCGGCUCAAGUCGCUGAUCAAUGAGCGCAAGCCGCAAAUCGUCUCGCUGGCGGGCGACUUUCUCUCUCCCAGCAUCCUCUCCGGCAUGGACCAGGGCUCGAGCAUGAUCGCAACGCUCAACUGCCUCCCGGUGACGCACGCGUGCUUUGGCAACCACGAGGCGGACUUCCAGCUCGAAGACGUCGCCCUAGCCCCACAGAAGGCCAAGUCGCCGCGUGCCGGCAGGCCAACUCAGUGGCGCAUCUCCGAGUUCGGCGGCUGUUGGAUCAACAGCAAUGGCUUCAAGCCGCAGCUGCCUCUCUGGGACGUGGUCGAGGUCGGCCCCUACCGGAUCGGGGUGCUCGGUCUGCUCACGAGCGAGCGCGGCAUCUUCCGAAAGGACAAGAUGCGCGGCCUCGCCAUCGAGCCGGUCGGCGCGAUGGCCGAGCGGCUGGCCGCCCUGCUCCGCUCCGAGCACGCGGCCACCCACGUCAUCGCACUGACGCACCAGACGGUCGGCGCAGACGUGGAGCUCGCCAAGAGCGGCUCCGUCGACCUGAUCCUCGGUGGCCAUGACCACGAGGUGAUGGAGGUGCGGCCAGAGGGCGGCGCGCCAAUCAUCAAGUCGGGCUCGGACGCGAAAAUCGCCGCCGUCCUCGACAUCGAGCUCGGGCCGAGCCGAGCGCUGACUGCAAGCGUCGCCUUCGAGCCGGUCGAGGGUUUCGCAGCCGACCCCGAGGUGCAGGCGGAGGUCGACUCUCACCUGGCGGUGAUCCGCGCGCUCGAGAAGGAGCCCAUGUGCUCGCUCAAGGACUCGGAGGUGCUCGAGCGGCAGCAGGCGGCCCUCUCCUCCAAGCGCACGCGAUUCGAGCAGACGACGGUGGGCGCGCUCCUCACCUCAUGCGUGCGUGACUGCCUCGGCACGGAGGUUGCGAUGAUCAACGGGGGCACCAUCAAGGGGAACGUCGAGUACCCCGACGGCAAGAUCUCGUACCUGCAGCUCAAGCAGGAGCUGCCCUUCCCAACCAAGAUGGUGGUGGUGCAGAUGCCCGGCGCGACGCUGCGGGAUGCCGUCCUCGCCUCGCGGCUGCCCACCGAGGAGGCGCCGAGCGAGGAGAACCGCGCCUUCCUGCAGCUGGAUGACUCUGUGGAGGUUCGCAUCGGCGAGGGCGGAGUCAUGGCGGGCGAGAUCCGCAUCGGAGGCAAGCCGCUCGAGCCAUCGGCGAGCUACUCGGUGGCGCUGCCGCGGAACCUGAUGAAGGGCGCCUUCAAGAUCCUGCCGCUGUUGCACGCCGAGGAGCUGCCCGACGAGGACAACUUUCUGCCCGCGCUGAACGUGGUCGUCAUGCACCAGGCGAAGCGGAUGUGGAGGCGGCUGGGCUCGUUCGAGGCGCUCGACCUCGACGGCGAGACGGCGGCAUCUCGAAGGGCGAGAUCUGCGCUCGGCGCAGAGCCGUCCCCCUUCCUCGUACUGCGGACUCUCGACCUCGACGAGUCGGGGUGCAUCUCGCGCGACGAGUUUGCGACGAUCGACCAGUCGCCCAUGCCAGGCGGCUAG